AUGGAUAAUAUAUAUUGUUCUAAAGGAAAAAUCGAAGACAGCGAUAGUUUCAGUUCUGAUGACAAUAUACCUUUAGCUAACUUCAAAGCUAAGAAAUUUAGGUCUCCUUUUCAAGAGCUAUUGUCAACUCCGAACUAUGCUGUAACAAAAAAUAAGCCUAGGAGAAAAGCUGUUGAUUAUAAAGGCCAACGAAUUACCAAAGACCUAUUCAAAGAACGAGAAGCAUUGAAUGAAAACGAGAAGACAAAGAAAACAACACUGAAAAAUUACAAAAGAAAAGCCAAAGAAAUAUCAGAAAAGAAAACUAAAGAUGGAAACCAACAACGCUCUCAUAGUGAUGAAAGAAAAAGGAGCAAAGUUCCGUCAGAAGAAUCUUGGUUUUGCUAUGCUUGCAAGGAAAAUCGUGUGUCGGAUAUGAAACAGUGUGUUAAAUGUCACAUAUGGUAUCACGAAGAAUGCGUAGGCUUGACCAAAAAUGAUAAGGAAUUGUUUUAUUGUCAAAACUGUGACGAAUAA